AUGCCAGACUGCUUCUUGGAAGCUGUUCCCUGUGAGCAGGAUUAUGAAGCUCGCAAGCUUGACAAGCAGGUGAGAUAUCACAGUGCCAUUCACAAUGUCUCGGUGGAAUCGAUAUUGGGGGCAGGGAACUCCUUGCUCUCCAUGCUCUAUCUGUACAUGUUUGGAUUCCAAAGUCAUCUGAAGAAGCCCAUCGAUGCUAUCUUUAUGCACCUGACGGUGGACAACAUCCUGAACCUCACCUUCACAAUGUUGCUAGACAUCAUGGCAUCCUUCCGAGUUCAUCAUUUUCUGAUGAUGUGGGCGUUCAUGGACGAGUUUGAUGAGUACCACUGUUAUUUCAACAUGAAAAAUCUUACAGAAUCCACCCUGGUCCCUGGGAUUUUCCUUGUUUGGACUAACAAUGUCAUUGGGUGUUAUGGGCCUAUUCAAAUUGCUUUAAUCUUCUUGGUGGAGCUGAAGCAGUUUGCAUACAUUUCUACUGGAUUUUCCAUCUUGUUAGAGUACUCCCUGUUUAUCUAUGCAUCAAACCUCCCAAACACCUUAGCAAUGUUUUCGGAUUCAUCAAUAUGGGGGCUUUUCCUCAUAGCCCAGCUGUGUGUUGGUGUCAUGGGGAACUCCCUGCUCUCCAUACUCUAUCUGUACAUGUUUUUAUUCCAACGUCAGCUGAAGAAGCCCAUCGAUGCCAUUUUCAUGCACCUGACUGUGGUCAACAUCCUGAACCUCACCUUCACAAUGUUACCAGACAUCAUAGCAUGCUUCGGAAUCCAGCGAUUUCUGAACGAUGUGGGUUGCAAGGCGGUGAUGUACUUCUUAAGAGUCACCCGGGGACUGUCCAUCUGUACCACCUCACUCCUCAGUGCUUUUCAGGCCAUCACCAUCAGCUCCAGCCAUGCCCAAUGGGUGUGGCUUAAAUCUAAGUCUUCAGUGUGGAUUUUCCCUUCUUUCCUCUUCUUCUGGGUCAUCAAUAUGGUCAUCUAUGUCCCGGUCAUUACAGCUAUGAAAGCCAAAAGCAAUUUCACUUUGGUUGGUCCUGGGAUGUCCAAUGCAUAUUGUGAGACUCGGCGGAUAGAAGACAAUAGAUCAUGGUAUUUCAUAUCUAUCUUAUUAGUUCGAGAUCUUGUGUUUGUUAUCCUCAUGAUCACCACCAGCCUUUAUAUGGUGACCCUCCUGUACCGACACCACAAGACAGCCCGGCACCUCCACAGUCCCAGGCUUGCUUCCCAGCCAGCACCUGAGAACAAGGCCACCCACACCAUCUUACUGUUAGUCAGCUGUUUUGUGUUCUUCUAUUGCUCCAACAAUAUCGCAACCUUUUAUUCCUUUUACACCGCUGUGAAAAUCCCAAAAAUGGGCGUGAUCAUUUGUAUUUUAUCAUCAUGCUACCCAACCAUGUGUCCUUUUUUCCUAAUGAAGCGUAAUAAAAUUUUUCCAAAUGUAUGCUCUCCCUCUCUUUGA